CGUCAAUUAUGGACAAACUUGCGUUGGUCAUCAAGGAGCUGCUGCUGACUGAACGCGGGUAUGUGGACGACCUCGCGCUCGUCAUUACGGGCUACAUGCGGCCGCUUCAGCUCGCUGCCGGGUGCUCGCUUGCCAGCGAUAACAGCAGCGACAGCACCGACAGCCCCAGCGGUGCGAGCCACAGGAAGGAGGCGGACGUGAAUCAUGUGAAGGAAGAACAAGGUGGCCGUGCUAAAUCAACGUCACCGCCAUCGCAGUUCGCCACGCCUGCAUCUGCAUUCCCCGGCGCACCCAGCCAGUCGCAAAUCCGCGCAAUCUUUUGCAACAUUGAAGACAUUCAUGCGGCACACUGCGCACUGCUGGCUCGGCUGGAAGCAGCGCAGGGGCAGCAGCAUUCGCACCAACCGGCGUCGCCGCCCCCGCAUUUGUGGCUGACCCCGGCGACGCCAACAGCGACCGAGGCCUCGGCCACCGCUCCGCCGGCGCUGCAGGUGCGCAUCCCACAGAGUAGCGUGAGCCUGCAAGACCCGGAGGCGCGGGGUCGCGUGGUGGCUGCGCUGUGCAACGCCCUUGCCGACAGCGUUCAAGUGUUGCAGCCGCUGUACAUCAAAUACUUUGAGAAUUACCCGAGCGCAGAGGCAAUGCUUGGCGACUUGCUGAAGAAUCCCGCCUCGCUGACGGCGGCACUUGUGCGACAGUGCCAGUCAGACCUGCGGCAGACCCUCGGUCUCGCAGCGUUUCUCAUCAAGCCAGUGCAGCGGCUGCUCAAGUAUCCGCUGCUGCUGCGCGAGCUCGAAAAGGAAGCCACCACUGCGCUCGGCGAGUUCCUACCUCCAGACAGUGUCAACAGCGACGCUGACGAAGGUGCAGGCAAGACAGGCAGCGACUCUGGCAAGGUGAACGCCGAGCCGUCCGAGCCCUGCUGGCUGCGCGCCAUCCAGCAGGCCCAAGCUGCCGUUGGAGGUCUGGCGGAGCAUCUCAACCAGGUCCGUCGCGAGCUCGACACGUUCGACAUUGUCCGCGCGGGCACAGAAAACUGGCCAGACAAGGAUUUGACUCAAUCGGCCUGCGGCCGGCUGCUUGCUGAGGCCCCCGUCAUUUUCAAACGAAGUGCCAUCACACGCACUGGUGGCGCAGGCCAUGACGGCUCCUCGCUCGGCACCAACCCGAUCGAAAGCAUCACAUUCCUGCCCUCGCUGUUUGCCAACAUUACCAAGCGUCACAGGCAUGUUCUGCUGUUUGAGCACAUGCUCGUUUUGCUCACAGCGCCCUCCGUUGCUCUUGUUCCCGGGGGCAGCGGCACAAAGGCGACCAGCAGCGGCACGCAUCAACGCUUCAAACUCUCCAUGCCGGUCAAUCAAAUCCAAGUGCGUCAAAACGACGUGUCAACAUCCAAGUCGCCCGGGCUUUCUCCACAGCCGCGCAUGGGCAGGCGAGGCUCGUGGACGGAGAGCUUUGCGCCUCCGCCAGUCAUGUCGUUCAGCCCAGUGUUGCACAUUUACAACAUGGCAACGCGUGACAUCAUUGAGCUGCAGUUUCUUUCGACCGAGGCCAAGGAGGCCUUUUGCGAGGCUCUGCAAGUGCAACAGUUCCGCGCGGCCUUCAAUCGCAAGUUGGUGGUUUCGACGGGCAGCAUGGUAGAGUCGCCUGCCGCUCGUCGGGUCUCCGUCAUCCCCGAAGAGUCUGCAGGCCCUGAACAGAGCGCGCGUGCUUCUGACAACGCUCCCGGCGUCCACGAGCAAGCAGCGUCGGCUGGCGAGGAGGAGGAGGACGCGUUUGACGCUGACUCGCCGCUGAGCGAGCUCGUGCUGCCCUUGCGCUCAACGCAACGCCGUCAGACGCCCCGUCGCGCGAUGAGCAUCGAGAGCUACGACGACGACGUCAACGAUCAAGAUAACGCCGAGCAAGAGGACGAGGACCUGCCGGCCAAUCGAGACUCCGCCAGCUCCAUGUACGGCCUCAUGCUGCAAACGCGCAUGUGCACCAAGUGGGACUUGCAGCAAGCCCUGGCAGAACAGCGCCGCAUGUUUACCAUGCGGAUUGUCGCCGAGCAACAGCAACGCUGGUUGCAGGCCUCCGCCGCACCCCACGCCGACUUGCAGGAACAGACGAGCAAACUUGUGGCCAUGGCCGAGCAGUACCGUCGGCGCACGCCUCCGCUGGUGCCAAAGCGAGCCGCCCCGCCGCCUCCAGCUCCCGCGCGCCCCAAUUCGAUGCACGAAGCCCUCAAGGACGGCAAACACCUGGGAGGUGAAAGCGACACGAGCAGCACCCCCUUGAAAGUGGUUCCGGGCGAGUAUCACUUGCAGCGGAACAGCCCCUCCCCAGUGGCGCGCACAGCACAGCAGCAGCAGCAUCCCACGUCCCUGUCAGCGCUUUUGCGCUCCAAGCAGCAGUAAACUCUGCCCAGAUUUUGAUUUCAGGGGUGUCCCAGCGCAGCAUGUACCGUUCGAGGAAAUCGCUUCUCUCCUAUGCAAAGUUGAUGUGUACAAUUGACGCGUAGUGUUUGUGUGAAGGGGUGCGCUUGCUCGAGAUGGCGUACCAUUGCUGGCAAAUUAAAAAAAAGGAAAAAAAACGGGGGGGGGGAGCGGUUAAUGCAAGGAAGGCUGGUUUUGACACAAACGUCUAUUGCAUUGUCGAAGUUGGGAAAAGUACGAAUUGUGUGCCGUCUAUCCCGCCAUUCAAGCUGCGUGUUCGAAUAAAAGCGUGCCAAGCAAAUACAA